AACAUUGGGGACUCCCUCUUUCGCACUCAAUAGGAAUAGUAAUAGCUCUCUAAAGAGUCACCUUUGUUUCACUACUUAGCUACACUUAAUAAGUAUUGCUAAUUCUAUUUCAGUGAUUCCUACUGACUAGAGAACAAAUUAUUAACACUCCGAUGGAAUCGUCAUCACCUAGCUGGUUACAUGAUCUGGAAAUGGAAGAUGAUUACAACAAUUUCUUUCCGAAAGAGUACAGGAUGAACAACUCGAUUGAUGAUUAUGAUGAAGAUUUAUUUUUCGCACAUGACAUGGGGAAUUCAAUAAUGUUCGAGUCACCAAGCAAUAAUAAUAAUUACUCUUCCGUUGAUGAAACUAGUUUUGAUGAUGAGAGGCCUUCUAAGUUUCUCAAAACAAGUACCAAUACUGAUAAUAAUUCUUAUUAUUCAUCAUUAUCACCAAAUUUUUCUUCCCUCUCAUCAUCAUCAAUAACAUCAUUUCAGCCACAAAUUCUGUGCUUUGACAACUCAAACUCCUCUCUCAAUAAUAAUGAUAAUACCACCCAGCUUUAUGAUUUAGAUUAUACAACCUUGAACACAGAGACAAAACUAAAAGAGGUGGUAAAUGGGUCAUCAAAAAAUCAAAACCUGGUCACAAAAUCCUCAUCAAAGGGUUCUAAGAGAUCACCAUCUAACGCUCAGGAUCAUAUCAUAGCUGAGAGGAAGAGAAGAGAGAAGAUCAGCCAGAGUUUCAUUGCUCUUGCAGCUCUUGUUCCUGGCCUCAAGAAGAUAGACAAAGUUACUGUGUUAGAGAAUGCAAUCAAGUACGUGAAGGAUCUCAAAAUUCGUCUUACAACACUAGAACAAGAAAAUAAUGAAAAAAUAAAGGAAAUAGUAGAAGAGCCUUCUGUGAUUGUUCUUAACAAAAGGUUACCACAUGAUAAUGAGAGUGACGAUGAGAGCGUUAUUGUUGAUAAUACUUCUAAUCAUGAUUCUUCUUCACUUCUCCAUCAUGUGGAAGCAAGAGUAUCAGGGCAACAUGUUUUGAUUCGGAUUCAGUGUCAAAAGCAUAAGGGUAUUUUAGUCAAAUUACUUUCUGAGAUUCAAGGACAUAACCUGCUUGUUUUAAAUAGUAGUGCGUUGCCUUUUGGAGAUUCGGUUCUUGAUAUAACUAUCAUUACUCGGAUGGGCGAAGGGUACAAUUUGACCGUUAAGGAACUUGUCAAGAGCAUACGCGUGGAAACAUUGAAGUUCAUCUUGUCAUAAUUCAUAACUCAACUCAUAAACAAUAAUGAGCAAAUAGUUAUUGUGAGUUGCCUUCACACAUUAAUAAUGGAAGGAAGGUGAAGUCUGUAUCAAAUAGAGAUUUUGUCUAUAAUAUAUUAUCUAUUAUUGAUGGGUGGCUUGCAUGAGCCUUAUUACAAAAAAUGUAUUUGUAUAUGUAUAUUAUUCGAGCAGAAGAAGAAUGGAGCUCGAG